AUGGUCGGCGACGCGAACUUGGACCACAUCGUCGAACCCAAAAAGCGCAUGCAGAGGACGAUCAUGAACGCGGUGGCCUUCCGACUGCGCGAGGCCACCCUCGAUGGCGUCCAGGAGCACUACCGUGCGUGGCUGCGGCAAGCAGGCGGCGCCGGAGCAGGCAGCUACUCGUGCGUGCCCCAGCCUGGCAACCAGGUCGUCGGGGGACGCAGCGAGAUCUGUGACAUCUUGCGGCGCUUCGUCAAGGCGCACAUCGACCCUCGCGCGCUCCGUGAGCAACGGCUGGGCAACUUACGAUUGCUGACCCUGGCGGACGCGACGGUGGACGACGAGGAUGAGAGGGCCAAGCGGCGCCGCUACGCAGGGUUCAACAUCUCCCCGCGCGUGCUUGAGCUGGGGAGCCGCCUCGGCGACAGCGCACAGGCGCCCGUCCGCAUGUUGGCAGUCAUGGCAUUCGGCGAAUCGCGAGCUCCCGUGCUGACGGCAGGCCGCGCGCCCGCCGGCCGCGGCAGCCCUGCGGCUCCCCGCGCUGGCCGCGCUCUGCACCUCGGCCGCCGGCGCCGCGCUGCCCGCGCGCGGCGCGGCGCGGGCGUGGGCGCCCGCCGCCCGCGGGCGGGCGCCGCCGUGCGCGCGCGGGGCGCCCCGUCGGCGCCCGCGCCCGCGCGCGGUGCUCGCGGCGCGCGCGGGGCCCCGGGCGCGGCGGGCGGCGCGGCGGGCGCGCGGGCCCACGGGGCGCUCUGCGGCGCGCUCGCCGCCUGCGCCCGGGGCGCGGCGGCGGCCGGCGCGGCAGUGGGUCUGGUGCGGAUGCGGGUGGCGCCCUGGCUGAGGGAGCCCCGCGACCUGGACGAGGCGCGCGGCUUUCACGACAAGAGGAGGGUCGAGGAGAAGUGGGGCGUCUUCGCGAGUCCCAUCAGGCAGAAGCCGUUGAAGGACCGGCUGAACGAGGUUACGCCGUACCAGGACAUCGUGGACGAGGUGGAGACCAAGUUUUUCGGUAAGGGCGGCAUGAAACGGGCACGUCAUGCACCUCAGAUAAUGCUCAGGCCUGGUCAGAAGAAGCCGAAGCCCACUGCGUUGGACCUUCAGGCUGAUGAUAUGAAGCAUUCGAAGUUCUUUCGUUUCGCCUCUGCCGGCCUAACCGAAACAUCUGAGUGGCCAGAGCCGAGGGCAAGGUAUCCAGAGGUGGCGUUCGCUGGCAGGUCCAACGUGGGAAAGUCCUCCCUCUUGAACAAGAUGGCCAUGUUCGGCUCUGUAGCCAAGAUCUCCUCGAUACCCGGGGAGACCAAGAGAGCAGUGUGGUACCGCAAUGAAAAAAUGCGGCUUGACCUCAUUGAUUUGCCAGGUUAUGGUUACGCUGAUCGUGCAGUGUUGUUCGGGCCUGCCGCUAUCGAGUUUGUGAUGCAACGAACUUCCCUGAAGGCGCUCUACGUGCUAAUCGACGCACGGCAUGGGUUCAAGCGCGCGGACCACGACUGGCUCGGAGAGUUGGGCAACAAAGGUCCCAUGAAGCAGAUCGUCCUCACCAAGUGUGAUCUGGUCACUCCGAAAGAAUUAAUCAAGAUGGCAUCCUUGGUACGAUCCGACCUUGAAGGCCACAAAAGGAUCGAGCGGAAGUUGAUGAUGGUGUGCACUCCGUGGGGCCAUGGACUUCAUGAGCUUAGGCAGGACAUUUGCAAGCGGUGCGACCGUAGCGAGAAGCCAAAGAAGGGUCAGCGCUAUGAUGCAGACCCCUUGUUGCUGAGCUCUGCGGAGGUAAACGAGAUGUCCGUGCCGCUUCCGAGCAGCGACGGGUGGGACAGCGUGAUGGGCAACGACCCUCCCGACGAGACAGAGUACCUCAAGAAGAUGAUCGUCGAGAGCAAGCCCGGGGACCCCAUCCGGGACCCCACGAGCGAGAUUCGGAGAGUGGCCGCGCGCGUGAAGAGGGGGAAGAAGCACAUCUAGAGGCGGAUGCGGUGCUGUGUCGUUGGCCCGGCUCUCGCGGCACGCUCGGCGGGGCGACUGCCGUCGGCAUAUCCCGCCGCGGGAGCCAUGCGAGUCGGAGACCGAGGCAUGAGAUCGGGAGAUCGACUCGGGGAGGAGGCCCUAGCUGGUGGUCUUCGUGCUCGUGGGAUGCUGUUUUGCCUCCUGGGGAGGGCAUGCCCUCGGACGUUCUGUGUGCUUGGGCCGAUGGGGGGGCCUCCUGGUCUUGAAUCGGGCGAUCCAUUUCGCAGGGUGUACGCUCGGGCACUCCUCUGGGGUUGCCUUCCGCUGCCGCGCCAGGCACCUGGUCCAGGCCUGCGGCCCCUCUCCUGGUGCCCGUGGGACCGCCGCCCCCCCCUCUCCCACCCCUCCUCUGGAUGGGUACGCACGCCCGUGAGGCUCGCGAACGGGAUCGCCCUCCGCCCCCUCCCCCCUUGUGGUCGUGGCGCUGUGGGCGUCACAGCAGCAUGGGCGAGCGAGGGGGGGGGGGAAAGCAGUUUCUCGCGGUCUGAGCUCGCCCCUCCCUCUUCGUUCUCGGCUGUGUUCUGCACCCCGAGAGUCCAGCCUCGCUUCACCGGUUCGAAGCUGAGAGGGCCUGGGGCCCUGGAUCGCGUGCAGCUCGCGCGUCCCAGCGGGGUCUGUGCGAGGGGGUGGCACCUCGUGCGCCGAGAGCGCCAGUGCUCCCCACGUGCUGACCAGCUUCUUCGCCAUGCCAGAGUGAAAA